AUCGGACAGUCUCGUAUAUACUGAGAGUGCAAUACGGACUCGGACAUCUAUCGUCACUCACCUUUGCCCUACCUCUCUCCGUCAUCCGACUCAUCGCAUCAUCUGGACCCUUCCGAGUACAGUUCGUGAUCUGCGGUAACGCGCACUAAUGUCAGACGAUCAUGUUCCGCGUGGUUUUGGUGGGAGGUUUCAUGGACUGGUGGCGCGUGCGAAAGCAGCUCUUCGAGGAAAGGACAGUUUAAACGAAGAUGAACUGCGAUUCCUCAUUGCCGAAGAUGGAGACGUCGGGCCUAUAGCAUUGCCCCAUAGCCCCAAUGCAUCGGAGUCUGAUGAAGAUCUGGACGUGCUAUUGGAGCCUCCUGAUAGAAGCCGCACCCAAGAGGUAUUCGGAGCCUGCCAGUCCGCCAUUCGAGUCAGUCGCAGGCGAUUGUGGGUCGUUUUUGGCAUCUUGUGCCUAUCCCUCGUUACCUAUGCAACCGUGAAAACUUUGUUCUGGAAUGACAUACAGCCCAUAUGGAAUGGGCCUACAACGUUCCCAGAAUACAGCACUGCCCUGGGCUGCCUGAACGCUUCCUACGUCUCUGAGCCGUCUGUCUUCGAGAUCCCCGUGCCCUCGGAUGGCACGCACUUAAUGGAGGUCACUGGAAGUAUAGUCGGGACGCUCGUCAUCGUACAAGGAGACGAAAACGCUACGCAGGUCCAAUACGAGAUGAAGGUAAUGGCCGCCGAAGAACGUACGUUCAACGUCAUUCGUCGCGAGGAGGCUCAGGGCCCCAAGGGCGUGAUGCGUAUGAACUCGAUCGGGCUCUCAGACCCGGACUCGCACCCGUGCCAACGCUUCGACAUCACCGUCCACAUCCCGCCCAACCUUCGUCAUCUCACCCUGAAGACAGAGGGGACGACGCACCUCCUGUUCGACAGAAAGAGCACCGUCUCGCUCUCCUCGCUCACCGUCGACCUCAAAUCCCACACGUCCUCGCAAAACCUCAUCCUCUCCCACAUGGGUGUCCAGGCCGACAGUCUCUCCUUCAGCAUAGGUGGCGGGUGGAUCUCCGGGAACAUGCUCCUCGUAAAGGACAUGUCCCUUAUUCAAUCCGGAUCGUCGGCGAUGCUCGUCGACGUCGUACCCUCCAAUUCUCCCGCUCUCACGUCAAUUCCCGCUGUACUGCGCACGCAGUGCGGGGGUGGUCGCUCACAUAUUACGCACCGGCACUUCUCUGGUGCAACCCACAGGCGGAUCGACAGCGUGCAUAGUGCCACGGGUGGAUGGCUGGAGAUUGCCUACCAGAAUUCUGCUUUCGAGGGUUCGGUGGAGGUCACUGCACGCCAAUUGCGUGCGAGCGGAAGGCUGUCUGGGGCAGUCAAAGACGGAAACAGAGUCAGGAACAAGGUGUUCCAGGUAGGCAUUCAAGGCGAGGAUCGAGUGCGGGUGGAGAGUCAGGGAUACGUGUCGUUCAAUGUAUGAUAUGCUGUCUGGCGAACCACCUUCAACAUAUCAAACUGCAGCCUUUGGCGUCGAGGUAAAAGUGUAUGCUUUUACAAUGGUGGGUGUAUAGCCCAUCGAAGAUGCCGGCGAUAGGAACGCCAGUGAGAUAUGUUCUCGGUUAUAAUAUACGAUGCAAGCAUCAACAUCUGCUACCACCGCCAGACAUGUCACACGCAGGGAGUGACUAUGGGACGUUGGACGUACUACAGAACCCGGCUAGUGGUUACCAAAUCCGGCGUGGGGCCGCUAGGUUGAUCAAUCAGUGGCGACUCGAGGACAGCCAUUCGUACUGCGGCCA